CGCACUCCAUCUACAGUCUCGCUUCAGCCUCGCCACGCCGGACCCCGUCAUCCGCGGAGCGCCCGCCACGCAUCUCCCAGGAGCUUUCCGCCGCGCGCUUCCCUUUACUCUCCUCGUCGGGUUUUACGCUGGGACGCAUCCGGCAUGGGUCCGGUCUGCUGAAAGGCGCGAGAGGUGUUGCCGAACCGUUAGCAGUUUGAGUCUAUAGACGCGCGCGCGCGGACGCACACACACACACGCGGAGAGACCCGUGAGAACUCGCUCUCCGGCCGAAGACAGAAUAAUGAUGGAGUAUUGGAGGCAGUGCGCGCUGUGGCUGAUCAACUGCAAGGUGCUCCCUACUAACCACAGGGUGACAUGGGAGUCAGCGCAGGUAUUUGACUUGGCUCAGACCCUCCGGGAUGGAGUCCUCCUGUGCCAUCUGCUCAACAACCUGAAGCCCCAGUGCAUCAACCUGAAGGAGAUCAACCUCCGGCCGCAAAUGUCACAGUUCCUGUGCCUGAAGAAUAUCCGGACGUUCCUGUUGGCGUGCAGCGACUCAUUCGGAAUGAAGAAGAGCGAACUGUUCGACGCCUUUGACCUUUUUGAUGUCAGGAACUUUGGCAAGGUUAUGGACACGCUGUCCAAACUUUCCCACACAAGCAUUGCACAACAAAUGGGAGUCAGACAUUUUCCCACAGAGGAGCGCGUGGAAGACGAGGACAUCUACAACCACCUGGAGGACCUGAUCGAUGAGAACGGCGUGGAGGACGAGGAGGACCUGUACGCCUGCGUGUACGAGGACGAAGAAGGCGGCGAGAUCUACGAGGACCUGAUGAAGACGGAAGCCAUCCCUCCUCCGGCGUUCCAGAAGCAGGCAGAGAUCGACAUCAGGAGUUGCUGCUUAACAGAGAUCAAGCAGACAGAGGAGAAAUACACCGAGACCCUGGAGUCUAUAGAGAAGCACUUUAUGAUGCCCCUCACCGUGUUUUUUUCUACGGUUGAGAUGGAGAAGGUGUUUGUGAAUAUUCCGGAACUGGUUAAGGUUCACAAGGGCUUAUUGCUGGAAAUCCAAGAGUCGGUCCACCAGAGAGGUUCCCAAAACCUUUACCAGAUCUUCAUAAGUUUUAAAGAAAGGUUGUUGAUCUACGGGAAAUACUGCAGUCACGUGGAGACGGCCAUCACCACCCUGGACGACAUCUGCAAAAACAGAGAGGACGUGCGCAUGAAGCUAGAGGAAUGUUCUAAAAGAGCCAAUUAUGGCAAGUUCACCUUGAGAGACCUGCUUGUGGUUCCCAUGCAGCGGGUGUUGAAGUAUCAUCUCCUUUUGCAGGAACUGGUAAAACACACCCAUGACGCCUCUGAAAAAAGUAAUCUACGGACAGCGCUGGAUGCGAUGAAGGAUUUGGCACAGUACGUCAACGAAGUCAAACGGGACAAUGAGACGUUGCGAGAAAUAGAGCAGUACCAGAGAUCCAUUGAAAACCUGAACCAGCCUUUGAGCAACUACGGGAGACCCAAAGGCGAUGGGGAGGUGCGGGUGACCUCAGUGGACAAACGAGCUAAGCAGGACAGACACAUCUUCCUGUUCGACGCUGCCGUGAUCGUUUGCAAGCGCCGAGGGGACAACUACGAGAUGAAAGAAGUGAUUGACCUGCACCUCUUCAAGAUCACCAACAACCCGACGUCCGACAAGGAGAACAGGAAGUGGUCCUACGGAUUCUACCUCACUCACAACCAGGGCCAGAACGGCUUUGAGUUUUUCUUCAAGACCAAAGAGCUGAAAAAGAAGUGGCUGGAGCAGUUCGGCAUGGCCAUAUCAAACAUCCGUCCUGAGAACGCAACCAACAAUUUCCACGAGUUCCGGAUGCACACCUUCGAGAGGAUCACCUCCUGCAACUCUUGCCACAUGCUGCUGAGGGGGGUCUUUUACCAGGGCUACCUGUGCUCCAAGUGUGGCUUAGGUGCCCACAAAGAAUGCCUGGGACGCUUUGGCUGCUGCGGAAAAACAGAUUCCGGCUCCGUCAGAACUCAGAGCAAACAUCGAGAUCCAGGUCUUCCCAAGAUGCUGGUCAUCAGGAACUACUUUGGCGUGCCGAGUCCUGCCUCUGGUCCGGCACUCACCAUCCAGACCGGAGACAUCAUCGAGUUAAUAUGCGCCGACCUGCACAGCCCGUGGUGGCAGGGCAGGAUCCUGUCGACGAAAGAGGCUGGCUUCUUUCCAAGCGACGCCGUGCGGCCGUGUCCGUGUGUACCGAAGCCUGUCGAUUACUCCUCACAGCUAUGGUUUGCAGGUCCAAUAGAGAGAUUUCAGGCAGAAGCAGAACUCAUCAACAGGGUCAACAGCACCUAUCUGGUCCGCCAUCGCAGCAAAGAGUUCACAGAGUACGCCAUCAGCAUAAAGUACAACAACGACGUGAAGCACAUAAAGAUCCUGACCAAGGAGGGCUGCUACUACAUUGCAGAGAACAAGAAGUUCAGGAGCAUAUUAGAGCUGAUCGAGUACUACAAACACCACUCUCUGAGAGAAGGCUUUAAGAGUCUGGACACCACCCUGCAGUUCCCCUACCGGGAACCGGAGAACGCGGCUGUGCACCGCUUCAACCGAUCAGGCAGCAACACUCCAUUGCUCUGCGGCCUCUCUCUCGUAACUCCUGCCGGCUACAGCUUUGUGCCUCCUUCCUCUGCUCCCUUCUGGUCAGGUACAGUGCUGACGCCCAAAGUGAUCGGCGUGGCCAUAGCGCGGUACGACUUCAGCUCCAGAGACACCCGGGAGCUGUCGCUGCAGGAGGGCGACGUGGUGAAGAUCUACACCAAGUCCGGAGCCAACGGCUGGUGGCGGGGCGAGGUCAACGGCCGGGUCGGUUGGUUUCCGUCUACGUACGUGGAGGAGGGCGAGGAGUGAGCCGACCGACGAGCCGGAUUG